GCAAAAUAUUACACACUUAAAUCCGACUUGGUUUCAUUAAGUAGACCAGGCAGCAGAUCAACUAGAUAUGUAUUAUUUAAGAAUUAUACAUGCCUAGGUAAUCAUGAUUGAAUGAAGGUAUGCAGAGUUGUGAAGCCAAGCUCUUAUCCAACCACACGGAAUAGUAAUACGAGCUGUCAUUUCCCCCUCAAGUGCUGGUACAAGUCCUACAUUCCUAAGUUAUACACCAUUCCGCAAUCCCUCCGACUGGAUGCUCAGGUAUAAUUUGUAAGCUUCGUCACCAGAUUCGGAGUCCGAGUCCAGCUGGGUGAGGGGCUGGUCGAAUCUCCAACGGUGUUAACUGCCAGGUUGGAUGCCCAUGAAUUCUCUUAUAUCUCCCCUACGUUCUAUACGAGGUAGUCUAAGAUUCAGUAAACACAUAACCUACAGGAACAUAGCAAGCAUGGCCACAUCUCAUACUAUCCAACUCACACCCGACAAUACUGGGCUCUGGCAAAUUCAACAGGACGAGUCUGCCGCGAAAAAGGUAUCCGAGUUGCUACAGCAGGACCUCCAGAAAUAUCACGUCUUCUUCAAUGACGACGGGUUCCAUAACCAUAUAAGUCACCAUUUACUCUCUCUAUACGGCACAGGGGCUUCAGCAGAAGAGUUGAAGGAAGCCUACGAUGUGAAUGCGACCUACCAACGGCCAGCCUUGAAAACUCAUGAGAAGGUUGUCGAAGAACUCAAGGACUGGGAGAGCGCCAAAAAGCGUGUUGGCAAAGAACAAUACUACCCCGACUUCCUCGCCUUCUUCCAGAAUGAGAUUGACAAGUUAGGCUGGCAAGGGGUAUUGAGCGAGUAUAUGUUCAAAGGUGAUGAGAAGAGCGAGGAUAUGUUAAUGCGGAUGCUUGCCGGGUUCCUCCAUCCAUUAAUCCAACUCAUGUAUGGCGUGGAAUGGAAACAACCAGCUAUAGUCGCCAUGGGUCUAGCCGAAGCAGCUGUCCACCAGGACAAUCUGAGGAAAUUCCUGCUUGCCUCCGAAGAAGCCGCUAAGUCAAACCCGACACCCAUGCCAAGCAUGUUGAGCCUCCUUGAAGAAGUCAGAUCAAAUAAGAAGCUUGCUACAUCGGCCAAACUGCAGGAUGGUAACAAAUUACGUGACGGGGUGUUUGCCAGAGCAUGGGACGAAAUUAUUGAAAUCGCAAGCCGAGUCAAAGUCAAUCCAGAGGAAUUGGACGAAAGGACUGCUGAAAUGUACCACAUGAAUGUUUACGAGAAUGCUUCUGCUGCUUUCCACCCUGGCAAAGAACCGAAGUUUGAUUUCUUCUUGAUACAUCACAUCAAUGUCUGUCCUAUCUUUGUGGCUAUCAAUAGUCAAGACUGGAUCCCGAUUGAAAGUAAGGUGAGGCUACUCGAAUGGAAGAUCAGAAUGGACCUUGUCCAGUAUGUGGCCAGAGCCUGUCCUCCCCUUACGCUCAAUAACAUCGCUUCGUAUAUUCCUAAGGACAAGAAAGUGGGACCCUUAAAUGAAUUAGCCCAUCGCCUCCACGUCCUCGAAGAAGAUGGCCACGCCAUUAAGCUCUUCCGCGCCGUCGGCCUAGGUCAAACCAUAAGCGAGAAAUACGAAAAUAAGAGUUGGAUCAAGAUCAAGGGCGACUUAUGGACCAAAAUCACCCACCUUGUCGUUGAUUCCGCUGAGUCGCCUGGCCCGCGCUGGGUCCGUGGCGCAGGUGACCCGGCAGCGUGGGACAAUAUUCCCGAUCGAGCGAACGGCGUGAAUGGCGUCUCGGAUAAGCUUGAACAGACUCACUUGUAAGAGAACUCAAGUGCCAAAAAUAUUGUGCAUUUCAUGUAUCAAUAUUGUAAGAAGGAUAUGGGUAUCGCAGCUCACUUGUAAUAUGACAUGUACUUGUAUGUGUGUAACAAUAGGGGCAAGCCAUAACCGACCCAGAACAACAAUGGCUAAACCCUUUCGCAACCAUCCUAAAUCAAUGAGUAGUGACAAAAACUGAUAGAAAAUUAAAAGAAAUAGGAAAAAAAAAAAGAAAUCAAGUCGCGACAACGACAGGAUUCGAACCUGUGCGACCGAAGUCAUUAGAUUUCGAGUCUAACCCAUUAACCACUCUGGCACGUUGCCUUAUCAUGCGAUGGUCAAUAAAAAGAUUGAAUGUUAUUUGCAACUAUAUAUAUUACUGGAUACCACUGAGAGACUAUCGUGUGGGCUUUUCCUCGCUUAGUUAGGAAAAAGGGGCCAUGUAAUUCUGAUUGGGUGCGUAUUUUUCGCCGUAUUUUUUUCUCCAUUCGCUAUAAUCCACUCCGAGACCCAGUAGGCGAGCGCUCGAUGGGUCGAGUAGGCUAUUAUGGAGCAGGUCGCAGUAGAGUGGGAAUUGGCGAUGUUGGGUUUGAGUUAUGAGGUGAUAUAGAUGAAUCUGACAUGUUAUAGUAUGGAGCAAGACUGUUAUACGUCAAAUUGAGUUAUUAUUGUUAA